AUGACAUCGCUCGUGCAGCGGGAGGAACCAUUCACAGCCAUACCGCCCAACGACCCAUCCCAUGCAAGUUGGCUUGAGAGAAGAGCUCGGAUAGGUGACAGGUCCUGGCGCUUACUUACAUGCAUGCAGACUUCAGAGCCUCCUUUGACCAUCGUGGAACGCGGCCAUCAGCUUAGCCUCAGCGCUUGUGAGGUUUUUCAGGUAAAGGAGAAAAUGGAAUGGAACUCGAUACUAUCUAGGGCUGCUAACACACACACAGCCUCCUCAUGCACGAGGUGA